AUGUUGCCGGUACCAGUCGGGCGAGCGCGUCUCGCUUCCCCACCUCUCUUCAUGAUACCGUUGCACAUCCGGCGAGCGGUGGUCGCCUCCGCGUCUCUCAUCACGAGGCCCUGGCGAGCGGUACCCGCCUCUGUGCCUCCUGUCCUCGUGCGGGAGACGCGGGUCUGGCGAGCGCGCGCUGCCACCGCGUUCACCGUCACGAUUCUGCCGCCGAUCUGGCGAGCGCGUAUCGCCGCCACGCCUCCCUUCCCGAUACAUCUGUGGAUCUGGCGAGCGCGUGCCUCCGUCGCGUCCCCCAUCCCGAUUCGGCCGAGGCUCUGGCGAGCGCGCAUCGCCGCCGCGUCCUCCGUCCCGAUUCAGGCGCGGAUCAGGCGAACGCGCGCCGUCGCCACGUCCCUCGCCACGCUGCUGACGCGGAUCUGGAGAGCGCGCGCCGCCGCCACGCCCUCCGUCCUGCUUCAGGCGCGGAUAAGGCAGACGCGCGCCAUCGCCACGUCCCUCGACACGCUGCUAACGGGGAUCCGGAGAGUGCGCGCCACUGCCAUGCCCCCCGCCGUCACCUUUCUCUUCGUCGCGCGGCAGGUCUCGGGUAGUACCGCCCUUUUCUUCCGCCUCCGCCGUACUCGGCUCCGUCGCCACGCCCGCCUGCGCGGGAUCAUCGUCAUCAGCUCCAGCGGGCCUCUCGCGCUGCUCGGCAGCGCCUUCCUCCUGGGGCUCGUCAUCACCCUCGGUCUCGCCUUCACGAUUCGUCUCCCGCACUCGAUUCGCCGAGUCGGCCUCGUCUUCUCCAUCCACAUCAAGAUCGCCUUGGCGACCGAGAAGAGCCCCUCCAGACCUCGCCCGCAACCUCUCUCUUCGCGACGGCGAUAG